AUGUUCGUUAUGUUUUUCUCUUGUUGGAAUAAUUUUAGCAUCUAUUAGUUAAGUUAAAUCUAUUUGAUUAUGGGAUGUAAAAUCUGGGGGGGUCUCGAGAUAAUUACCAGUACAUUUGAGCUAUGCUCAUUCCAUAUGCUUUUCUCUAGAUGGUGCAAAGUUAGUAUCUUGGUCAAGAUAAUAAACAAUUGGGUUUUGUGUAUCAUCUAGAGGUUUGGAUUAUUCUAUUCGAUUAUUGA